UCCGCAAGCAACGCAACACUCGUUAAAGGCUUUAUUCUAGAGUCACAGCAUAUAUAUAUACUACACACGAGACACGGGUUGAAGGUAGUUGAAGACGACAGUUGAAGACAGAGAAGAAGGAUGGGCAGGGAUCCGCAACCGCUGGCCAUUCCGACGAGGACGUCGAGUAUGGCCGCUCAAACGACCGGCCAUCUGAAGGCAACCAGGAGUCGGGAGGAGAUGGGGGGGUACUACGACAAGACUUCCAAGGCCUCCAAGAUCCUCGGGGAGAUUCCCCAUCAGCCGUUGGAGCGUGGUGGCAUGCGCGACGAGGAGAGGAAGUGGAGCAGACGGCCGAGUUUCAUGGUCACCCCAGAGAUCCAACCCCCGCCGAAGAGCAAUCGCAACUUCGACCUCUUCCCUGCCCCAGCAGCAGCCGAGCAGAUUACCUCUGCCCAGACGCUGCGAGUUCGAGCCUCGUCGCCCCUGCUAGGCCAUGACUACCACUCCCAGGGACUGGGCGUGCCGUCUGGGUCCAAGCAGAAGAAAGUCCACCAGACCGGGUCUUCGUCCACGUUAUACUCGUACUUUACCAACCACCGAUCGCGUGCGGGAUCAUCAACCAGCCAGGCCAGUGGGGAGAGAAACGGGGAUGCUUUGCCAAAGCAUCCCACCACCCCGCCGAAAAAGAAGUCGUCCCGGGUCGGCGGGGAACCAUCCGUCUCCUUUGCCGAGGACAGCAGACAGCCCGCCAAAAAGGAAUCAAAGCGCAAGAUGCGGCCGUCUCGGAUUGACCUCUCCCUGCUGUUCCCCAAGCCCAAGAUCACCACUCCCCCGCUGCUCUCGCCGCAGCGGAUGACCCAUUCUCCCUCUCCCAUCUCUAUGGUUUCCGAAUCACCCGCGAACAAUCCCAAUAAUAAACACGAGAACCAGCAUCCUCCGACACGGAAGCUUACCAAGGAUCCUCCGCACCCGCAAGGGUUGUCGUCUGCGAGAGACACUCAUAUUAUCCAGAGAGACAAUCAUCCCCAGAGAGAUAUCCAUAGGGACACCCGUAUUCAAAGAGAGAGCCAUGCUCAGAUGCUGGCUCCGCCGGAGGUUCUUUAUGCCUCCAACCGGCAGAGUGUAGCCUCUUCUCUCGAUGUAACUCGGGAACGAUCAGUGCGAUGCAGCGAAUUCGACUUGGCCCUCAAGCAGUACCACGAUCUUUACGAGGCCGAGGGCUUGGAGGAGGAGCUGGUCGAACCGAACCCUCGUCCUCGGCGCGGGAGCAGGCAGGCUACACCCUCCAACCGGUCAAAAUCCAACGAGAGAGCUGCGUCGCAAGCGCCUUCGGAGCGCUCCGCAGGUGCUUGGAGCAAAAGCACGCACCUCAGCCCGCGAACGAAACCGUCCUACCCGACCCGUGUAUCAAGUUCCGCAGAGAACUGGCAGACGGACGGCCGUGACCUGGCUUCUCUCGAGGUAAAACACCCCCUCGUGAAGAAGAGCAGCAAGAACGCUCUGAAGAACUCGGAUCUGCACCAAUCUAGCGUCCUCUGCCUAUCAUCUUCCGAGGAUGAAGAGGAAGGGGAGGAAGAGGACCAUGUGCUGCCGAAGAAGAGUAGACGACAGUCCGGCACCCGGAACAACUAUAAGAGGGACAGCGUGGGAACUUACAACAGUGACCUUCUCGAGGCGGAGAUCUACACGGCCAAAGCCAUCCAGGCCACCCGGGGGCCGGCGCCCAGGCGAAUCGACAAACGGCCCUCGGUCAGUGACCGGGGAUCACGCGCGACGCGAGGCCUGUCUCCCGGACGUCCCCCCUCGGUAUCUUCGGGCGGCAAGUCGUCCUACGGGGGACAGAAGAGCUCAUCCCGACGGUCCAGCGGGAUCCCUACCAUCUCGGAGCCAGACGUGCCACGGAGCCCCCCCCCGCAUCCCGUGGCGCCGGUGCCCAGCAAGGAGCUCAACCGGCGCAGCCGCAUCAUGGCGGUCACCCGGCAGGAAGAAGAUUUCCUGGAAGCUAUGCGGCAGCGCAAGGGCCGGAUCACACCGAGCCUGUUCCACGAGGCGCGAGCGAGCGGGAUGGGCGGCGGCGGCGACCUGGAACAGGGCUCGAUGCUCUCGGUGCCCGUUCAGGACCAUGAAUCCUUCUACGGCUCCUCCGACAUGUCCUUCCUCCGGCUCAGCCCCGGUCUCAAGACCUUCUCCAAUCAGUUAGAACAAGGUGCACUACCACUCCAUCACCACCGCACUACGGACAAAGACGCUUACAUUCCUUCAGGUGAACAGAAAACCGCGAAGCCGGCCGUCUCGCCCCGGACUAGCCUGAUCUACUCGGAGAGCUCGCCGUCUCCGACCACCACUGGCGGCGCCUCACCGCUGACACCCACCCUCCCGAUCCAUCGUUUCUCGCCGCUCCCCUCCCAGAAGCCGCCGCCCCGACGCCCUCCUCCCGUUGUGCCGCCGCAGGACCAGCGACGACACUCGCGACGCCGCACGGACAGCAGCGAGGCGCUAGUCUUCGACGAGCCCGACGAGGUCAGUCCAGAUGACUUUCCUGUCUGGGCGCUGGGGUGGGCAAGCGAUCGUGGCAGCACCAGUCUGGCGACGCCAGUUCACUAACUCUCUCUCUCUUUCUCUCUCUCUCUCUUAUUGUAUAUGUCUAUAUCCCUGUGACUCAAACACAACACUCUUUGCAUUUUUCCUUGCGUCGAUCUCGCAUACCUUGCAUUCCAUUGUCUUCUCAUAUGCCACGGGUUUGGCGCUUCUUCUACCUGCAUUGAUGACGUACUCUUUCCUCCUCGAUAUCCUUUUUUUCCUUUUUUUUUUUUUUUUUUUCUCACAUUCUUUGAUUGUGUCAUUGUGAGCGGUGUGUGUUGGCUAUUGGAUCUUGGGCCAUGUAAACCUGAUUCUAGUGUACUAUAGAUUUAUUACCAAUAGAAGAUAUAAAUAAUAUU